AUGCUUCGCCUCAUCAGCCUGCGUCCCACAGCUCAGCAAGAUGUUGCCGUCGCCCAGAAGACCAUCGCGUCCUCCAUUUCGACCGAAGAAGCUGUCAACUUCUCCGCAGACUACGACAAGAUCUUGCUCGCCAAAGGUGGUCCCGAUGUCUUGCUCAAGCGUGCUUCUUCGGUUCUCGAUGCAUCGGGCGAGGUCGUCGCACUGUCUGAUAAUCUUAAGGACUCGAUCGUGGCCAUGCAGUCUCUCCGGGCUUCAAGAGACCUGCAGAGAGGGCCGGCAUUCGCUUCUUCAUGGUCACUGGGUGACUUGCAGCUCGCUGUUGAAGCUAUCGCUCGCCAGUGUGGUAUUGUCAUUUCGGAAAAGGCGUUGCGAUAUGAUGACCUCCACUCGAUCGAGUUGCCAGUUUACGACACGCAUGCCGACACCGAUGCUCGUGCUCAGAACGCUCUCUCGCUUUCGGGACCUGAUAUGAUGAAAUUCAGCAAGGCUGAUUGGGAGCAGGUCUGCCGGUUCGACGAGAUUGUCUUUUCGCAUACCACGACAGAGCAGAAGCUCGGCAUCGUGAACGAGUUUCAGGCUCGCGACGAAUGCGUUGAUAUGACUGGUGACGGUGUCAAUGAUGCUCCCAGUCUCAAGCAGGCCGUUAUCGGUAUCGCCAUGGCUCAAUCGUCGAUGCUCUUCUUUACGCUCGUCUCGUUUUUGUCAACCUCGAGAAGACGAUCGAUUCUCAGCAACUUGCAGAUGAUCUUCGUCUGCGUUCCCAGAGAGGCCAUCUCUUCACUCAGCUUGGUCCACGAACAGCCCGAAGCCGACUUGUUGAAGCGCAAACCUCGUUCGGUCAAGAAAGAUCGAUUGGCAGACUGGAAGCUCUUGCUGCAUGCUUACCUUUUCGUUGGUAUCCCGCUUACUAUCAUCAGCUGUGCCAUGGGAUUCUGGUGGAUGUCCAGGGCGGGGAUCAAGUUCAGGGACAUGUGGUUGACCUACGGAGCUGGUCGAGUAGAGACAACCAACCCCGAAUACUUGAACGAGAUCCUGAACCAAGCCAACGCAGUCUAUUUCUUCAACUUGGUCAUUCAGCAAUGGUUCAACCUUCUCGGCUGGCGAACACAGCAGUGGCAACGAGAAUAA